AUGGUGAGACAGUCGCAGAGCAUGUACGAUAGGCACCUGACUAUCUUCUCCCCCGAUGGAAACCUCUACCAGAUUGAAUACGCCAUCAAGGCAGUGAAGAACACCAACAUAACUUCCAUCGGCGUGAAAGGAGAAAACUGUGCCGUAAUAAUUUCUCAAAAAAAAAUGGCAACGCAGUACAUCUCGCAAGACAAGCUCCUAGAUUACAACAAUAUUACAAACAUUUACAACAUAACGGACGAAAUCGGAUGCUCCAUGGUGGGAAUGCCUGGGGAUUGCCUCAGUAUGGUGUAUAAGGCCAGGAUGGAGGCCGCCGAGUUUUUGUAUUCCAAUGGGCACAACGUUAAUGUGGAAACCUUGUGUAGGAACAUUUGCGACAAAAUUCAGAUCUUCACGCAGCACGCCUACAUGAGGCUGCACGCUUGCAGCGGAAUGAUCAUAGGCAUGGGCGAGGACAACAAACCGGGCCUUUUCAAGUUCGACCCGUCCGGGUUCUGCGCAGGGUACCGCGCGUGUGUGAUUGGGAACAAGGAACAAGAAAGCGGAAUGAUCAUAGGCAUGGGCGAGGACAACAAACCGGGCCUUUUCAAGUUCGACCCGUCCGGGUUCUGCGCAGGGUACCGCGCGUGUGUGAUUGGGAACAAGGAACAAGAAAGUAUAAGUAUACUGGAAAGGCUGCUGGAGAAGAGGAAGAAAAAAAUACAACAGGAGACUUUAGAGGAAGAUAUACAAAACACCAUCAUCUUGGCCAUUGAAGCGCUGCAGACCAUUUUGGCGUUUGACUUGAAGGCCAACGAAAUAGAAAUGGCGAUCGUUUCGAAGACCAACCCCAACUUUACGCAAAUCAGCGAGAAGGAGAUCGACAAUUAUUUGACCUUCAUCGCGGAGCGGGAUUAG